AUGAGUUCUGUUACUUUUUUUAUUACACAAACCUACACUAAAAAUAACCGUUCGACUUCAAUACGAAGACCAGACUACUGCAUUCCCGCACCGACGCCGCCACAAUCCGUAACAUUCCAAAGAACCAUAAAGCCUGCACUGGUAGUUGGACAGUUGUUUGGGCUGAACCCCGUGUUGGGUAUUACAGAAAAUGAAGCAUCUAAAUUGAGAUUUACUAUAUUUUCGUUCAGAUUUCUAUACACAUCAGUAUCGUUGAUCGGACAAUCGGUGUUCGUAUUUUUCUGUUUUCUCAAAUUGUUCAAAGACACCGAUGCUUCACUGGGCUCAAACACGUCAAUAAUCUUCUACACAUCAAACUGUCUAACCACAGUAGUAUUUCUGCGCAUAGCAACGCAAUGGCCAAACCUUUGCCGAGAAAUAUCUAGCGCCGAAACAACCGACCCAAACAUGGACACUAAUCUAAUGAAAAAGUGUAACAGGUCCUGCGUAAUCGUCCUUAUUCUAGCUUUACUAGAACACACGCUAGCAGAUCUAAAAGGGAUAGCAACAGCAGUGGACUGUGAACCACAUCGACCGCUGUACGAAGGAUUCAUCAUUCACAGCUUCCCUUGGAUGUUUAGUAUCAUCCCUUAUAAUACAGCCCUCGGAUUUUUUCCCAUGUUGUUUAUUAACCUGCAGUGCACUUUCAAUUGGAACUUUGUUGACCUAUUCAUAAUAUGUAUGAGUCUUUACUUGGUGUCGAGGUUGGAGCAAGUAAAUAAGAGAAUAGUAGCAGUUAAAGGGAGGUAUUUACCACCGUCGUUCUGGAGGACAAUGCGAGAAGACUACAAUAGAGCUGCUCACCUCGUCAAGGUUGUUGACGACAUCAUAGGAAGUGUUAUCUUUAUAUCCUUUGCCAGUAAUCUGUUCUUCAUUUGUCUUCAAUUACUGCACACUCUUGCAGAUGGAAUAAAGCCUGUACCAAGAUGCCGAGUCGGAGUGCCAGAUAAAAGACCAUUACGAGGUUACGAGCAAGCAGUGUACUUCGUGUAUUCAUUUUUGUUCUUAGUAGCGAGAUCUGUGGCGGUGUCGCUGACCGCCUCAAGAGUUCACACGGCUAGUCGCGAGCCAGCAUACGCAUUGUACGAAGUGUCUUCGGAAACUUAUUGUAUUGAGAUCCAAAGAUUCCUGGAUCAAAUCCACGGUGAUACGGUGUCGUUGAGCGGGCUACAGUUCUUCAACGUCAAACGGGGCUUAGCGUUGACUAUUGCGGCUACAAUAGUAACGUAUGAAUUAGUACUAAUGCAGUUCACCGGAUUUACACCUACCUCACCAUCACCAACCAUUACUGCUCCGCUC